AUGGCAGACCCACAAGUCUCUCCCAUAUCUCAGCUCCUUCACACCCUUGGAAUAACUCGCGAAGACUUGAACAAGCGCAGUGACCAGAUGCGUCAGUUCCUUACCGCCGAUAAUGCCCUGGCUUCACGCGUCACCGAAGGCGAAAGCGGUCGCAGAUCAAGGUCAAGCUCAGAUUUACGCCCAAACUCAAGAUCCACGACCUCAAGUAGCGCUUUGUCGCGCUCAUUGUCCCGUGGAAGCACCAGUUCCUUGCGAGACGCUACCCCACCAGCUACCCCCAUCAAAUCUGAACCUCACGAAGGCGGCCUCCCCCACCGCCACUUCGACAACAUGGAGAUGGUCAUAGCAAGGCAGAGGCGUCAGAGUCGAAGAGAAAAGAAAAGCCGGAGGGAAAAAGAACGCGACUUGUCGAGCAGAGGUGCCAUGCCACACCCACCUUCCCCCUCACCUAGUAACGCGUCUCAAUCUGGCCUCAACCUGGAUACCUUUAUGCAAUCACGCGACGACCGCCGUGGGCCUAUUCCUGGCGAUGAUUCUGCCUCUCAGGAAAAGGUGGUCGACCCUCCGCCAGUAACACCCCAGAAGAACAAAUACUACCGUGAUCAUACCAUUGCCACUAGCCAUUCACAGCCCUCAAAGGAGGUCGCUUGUAAAACUGAGACACCCACUCCAACUCGCCCUGUGGUCUUUCAGACCCAGCCAGCAUACUAUGGAUACCCGUAUAUGGCUUACCCUCACCUUCCCGUGCCACACAGGAGCGCUCAAGCGAGUUCAUCUACCCUUCCCCUCACUCCGCAACCGCACCGCACACAAGCACUUUCGCGCAAGGCGGCCAGAUCUCCUCUUCCCCCCUCUUCACCCCCGGCUCCUUCUUCGCCACUUACAUCUCCUUCGCGCAGAGUCGUCAAUCUAGUUUCCUCUCCUGGUCUGAUGGAACCAUUGCCUUCUGAGGACCAGUACGAUAAUCUUCCUUAUAAGCUCCCUCCAGGGCCGUACUCCCCGAACAAGCCAGACCUCUCUUAUGCAGCUCUAGUUGGUCAGGCAAUUCUCUCCUCCCCGGGACAUCGUCUUACGCUUCAAGAGAUUUAUGACUGGAUCACCAUCGUGCAUCCGUAUUAUAAACGUGGUGAAACGACGUGGAUGAACAGCAUUCGGCAUGUUCUGAGUACGACCAUAUGCUUCCGAAAAGUUCCCCGAGAAAGGGCAGUUGGUAGGACCUUGUGGGCGAUUUGGGACGAAGAUCUUGAGUGUUUUAAAGGCGGAGGCUUUAGAAAACAACUCUGCAAAGAUAUCAUCAAUGGAAUUGAUGCAAAGGAGAAACAAGCGGGUAGCGCAAAGCCUAAAGCCAAAUCCCGGAAGCGUGCGGAUCAGGACGACGAUACGGAGACCAGAAAGACGAAACGGGCGAAGAAAGACCAAUUCGCCUCAAGCACCAUGAUGGCCCCGCUCAUAACCCAUCCUUACUUUCCACCAAUGCGGCCCACACCUCACCAUCAAUCCUACUAUGAGACUUGUCUAUCCCAACACCAGACACUGCCUGCCGAGAUUAUAUUUCCACCCCUGCCAGCUGCUGCUGCGUUUAAUAGGGUGGUCUCAAAUGUCAUUCCUUCGUCUUCAGCCUCAAAUCCCCCAUCGGGACCGUUCUCCAUGAAAGAGGAGUCCGUUACUCGAUCCUCGCCAGAAUGCGUUGAAACGGAUUCACGGUCCGACCCUCCUCCCUCUUCCUCAAUAUCGUCUGCUUCGUCAGCCAUAUCUGUUCCAGGGCUUACACCAAACCGUAGCUCAUUGACCCCUCCAUCAUCACUGCCUACGAGUGAUGUAGAAAUGGAUAUUCCUAGUAGUCAUUCGGGCAAUCUGUUCAAGAUCGACGCUUCUAUAACUAUCUCAAGAUUGGAUGAUGAUUUGGAUAUGAUUUCGUCCGCUUCUGUCCCAGGGGACGAGGAUGACAUCUUCAACGCUUCCUUGUUGGGACCUGUACAGUUUUGGGGAGAAUCGCCAAAAGAAGGAGGCCUCUUGCAACCGGGAAUAGAGCUUCUGGACUUCAACGUUAUGUCCGAUGGUGAAGACACUAACUCUCCGUUACGGAAGAAGGGCGAAGGAAAGCAAGCGAAUCGAAAGUCCAAGAAGAUCCUACUCGCUGCGUCUCCUACCUUGAAUCGGAGAACUAGUCCUUCCCAACCGUUGAAGAUGGGAACACAACUCAUUUCGAGUGAUAUAGGGCGCCCAACGACGCCCCCUCCGUCCACCUCUAUGAUACCCUCCACUCCACCUCGCACUCGGCUUCAGAUUUCUUCCAUGCGGACCCCUAUUUCGCACAAGGGAUUGCAUAUGAGCCCUUCCGCAAGCUUGGCUCAUUACAAAUCGAAUCUCGACCCACCACCUACCAUAUCAUAUGGUGCUGGUCCCAGCAAUGCGGGCAAAGAAGAGGCUCGUGUAGAAGACGAGGCUGAUCCUAUGCGCACCCCCCGAAAGCAAACGGGCACGAACGGCGCGGCGCCUGUGACGCCGAAAAGAUUGAUGUUCUCCAGCGUUCUCGACGACUCACCUUUCCGUACCCCGUUCGGCUUCCGCACACCUGGCUCGCGUUCCAUCCUUGAUCCUCACGAUCCGAGGACGGCAUUAGAUGACGAGCUCAACCGCAUGAACGCGUAUGACGACAGUCCAGCUGGAAUAUUCGGAAAGGGAACUGGGUCUCUUCUCUAUGAUAGUCCUGGCGCUGGAUAUCUAGACUCUCCGGGGAAAUGGUCAAAAUCGUGGUGGUAA